AUGAAUUGUAUAAGUUGGAAUGCUCGGGGAUUGGGGAACCCCAGUGCAUUCAGAUAUCUUCGCUUGCUUAUUGCUGAGCAUGCGCCCUGUUUACUGUUUAUCAUUGAGUCUAAAUUAAAAGCUGCUUUUCGUGGUACUGUUACUGCUUGUAAUCUCAACUUGCUGCCUUUUGAUGGAGAUCGUAUAACUUGGACAAGUCAAGGACAAGGCAAAGGUAUCAUUAAGGAGAGAUUGGACUAUGGGUUUGUCAAUGAUCACUGGGACUCUACAUUUCAAUCCAAUACUCUUCAACAUCUCGACUAUUAUAAUUCUGACUAUCGGGCUUUAAAAGUAGUGGUGUCCGCUUUGAAUGAACAACCACCUGAAACACGAUUCAAGUCCAGGUUUCGAUUUGAAAGAAUUUGGCUUCAAGAAGAACAAUGUGCUGCAUUAAUUUCCAAUAAUUGGGCCAAUGAUUCCACACUUCAUAAUUCCAGCAGAAGUGAUCCUGAUCAUCUACAAGCAGUACAAAGUUCAGAGCAAAUUCUUGAUGAGUUGCUAGCUAAAGAGGAGGAUUAUUGGCAUCAACGCUCUCGCAUUUCAUGGUUGCAAUCCGGAGAUUCCAACACAAAAUUCUUCCACCAACAUGCCAGUACCAGGAAGAAAAAUAACCAAAUCCGCAAGCUCACUGAUGCAAAUGGUAAUGUCCAAACAAGUUCUCAAGCUCUUUUGGCUAUUACCUCCGAUUAUUACCAAGAUCUUUUUACAAGCAAUGGAGUAGAUCAAGAAUCAUUGGAUAUUAUUCUCGAUAAAAUUCCAUCUGUUAUUGAUAAUGCUUCAAGGAUUUCACUAUCUAGCCCGUUCACUGCUACAGAUGUUCAUAGUGCUCUCAAAACUAUGAGUGAUGACAAGAGUCCUGGUCUUGAUGGUUUAUCAGUGAUGUUCUAUACAAAUUAUUGGCACAUCGUUGGUCAACAAGUCACUGCUGCUGUAUUAGAUGUGCUAAAUAAUGGUGCUGAUCCAAGUACUUUCAAUACAACACUAAUUACACUUAUUCCUAAGGUAAAAAAGCCAACUCACAUUACACAAUAUCGGCCAAUCAGUUUAUGUAAUGUCCUAUACAAGCUUGUCUCCAAAGCCAUUGUAAUGCGGCUCAAGCCUUUCCUUCCACAAGUGAUAUCUGAAUAUCAGAGUGCUUUCAUUUCACAAAGGCUCAUCACAGACAAUAUACUUGUGGCCUUUGAGUUAUUGCACUCUCUUAAGGGAAGAAAACGAGGAUCUAAAGGGUUUGCUGCGAUCAAACUUGAUAUGAGUAAGGCAUUUGAUCGAGUGGAGUGGAAUUUUGUUGCUCAAGUCAUGCUUAAGAUGGGGUUUGGAACAACACUUGUCGAUCUCAUUCUUCGAUGCUUGACUACGGUUUCAUAUUCUUUUUUGCUGAAUGGUUCGAUCAAAGGAUUAGUUACUCCAUCUCGAGGAAUCCGACAAGGUGAUCCACUAUCACCCUAUUUGUUCCUCAUUUGUGCUGAAGGUCUCUCUCGUCUCCUGCAACAUGAAGAAUCCACUGGUGCUUUACAAGGUCUAAAGAUUUCAAGGAAUGCCCCUUCGGUUUCACACUUGUUUUUUGCUGAUGACAGUGUUCUCUUCUGUCGUGCCAAUCGACAAUCAGCUCGAUCUAUACAUAGGUGUCUUCAAACUUACAGUCAGGCUUCGGGACAAGUAAUCAACCCUGAUAAAUGUGUUCUCUCUUUCUCGGAUAACACUAGGCAGCAUGAACAAGAUUUUUUCACAGCUUUGCUUGGUAUGCCUAUUCAGCCAUGUCAUGAGCAAUACUUGGGAUUACCUUCUUUUGCUGGUAGAGAUAAAAAGAAACUCUUUGGGGGAAUAACAGAUAAAAUUUGGAAGCUCUUAAGUUCAUGGAAAGAGCAUUUGUUUUCUGCUGGUGGUAAGGAAAUAUUGCUUAAAGCAGUGGUACAAGCAAUACCCACUUAUGCCAUGAGUUGCUUUAGAUUACCUAUCACUUUGUGCCACCAAAUUGAAACACUCUUGGCAAAGCAAGCAUGGCGUAUCAUUGAGUUUCCUAACUCACUUUUAAGCAAGCUUCUUAGACACAGAUACUUCUCCAAUGGUAGAUUUCUCUCAUCUGGUCUAGGAUCCAAUCCAUCUCUAACAUGGAGAAGCCUGUUUUGGGGUAAAGAACUGCUUUUGAAGGGUCUUCGAUGGAGAGUUGGUUCGGGUCUCUCCAUAAAUUGUGCAACAGAUGCAUGGCUGCCUGGUACUACAACCUUUAAACCUUAUUUCUUCAAAGGAGCUGACCCAAAUUUAAUGGUUGCUGAUCUAAUUUCUGAGCAGAGGCAGUGGGAUUUGAUAUCAUUGCAAGCCAAUUUUAGCCAACCUGAUGUGGAUCGUAUACUCUCCAUCCCUCUCAGCUUAUUUCCCCAUGAUGAUGUCUUGAUUUGGAGCCACUCUUUCACAGGUAUUUACAAUGUUAAAUCUGGAUAUCAACUAGCAGUUUCACUUGCUGAACAAGAUGAUACUGCCAGUAGUCAUUCAAUGGAACAUUGGUGGUCCACUUUUUGGAAAAUGAAACUUCCUCCUAAAGUGAGAAUCUUUGUGUGGAAAGUUUUUCACUCAACACUUCCUGUAGCUGCUGAACUCUAUCGAAGGCAUAUAGCAACUUCUCCCUACUGCACUAUUUGUAAUUCUGCUGAAGAAUCAAUCACUCAUGCGUUGUUCUCAUGUCCACGGGCCAAAGCAGUAUGGGAUUUGUCUUCUCUGCAUAUUGAUUUUCACACUUUAAGACAAAGUGCAAGUGCUGAUAUACUAUUGCACCUAUCGACAGUUCUAACCACAUCUGAAUUUGAGUUGUUCUUGGUUCUCUGCUGGUGUAAUUGGCAUGAAAGAAAUGCCAUCUAUCAUGGUAAUACUGUUAGAUCAUCACAGGCAGUUGCAUCAUAUGCCCCCUCCUACUUGGCAGAAUUUCAGAGUGCCAGAGCUAAACGUUCACAGCCAACAACAUCUUCAGUUGCUGCUACCGAUCCUAGGCCUUCAUCAGAGUUCACACAUGCCCCAAAAUGGACAGCACCACCCCGAGGAAGGCUCAAAUUAAACACAGAUGCCGCUAUUGACAAAGCUUGCAACAAAGUUGGUAUUGGAGCAACACUAAGAAAUUCUGAUGGAUUUGUUGUAGCUGCAAUUUCGAAGCCUCUCUUAGGCAAUUACAAAGCAGAAGAGAUGGAAGCACUUGGCCUUGCCCUUAGUUUGAAUUGGUUGAUUGCAAACAAUCUCUCAGUCGACUUCAUUGAAACUGAUUCACUCUUAGUUGUUCAAGGAUUAUUAUCAUCUCAGUCUUUUUUAUCUGCUUUUCAUGCUAUUCUAAAUAAUAUUAACUUUCUUGUAUCCUUUUUCCCACGAGCACAGAUCAAUCAUGUUUAUCGAUCUGCUAACACUUAUGCCCACACUUUGGCUAAGUAUGCUCUUACGGUGGAUACUGAAUGUAUUUGGGUGGAGACUUUUCCUUCUCCACUAAUGACUCUUAUGUAA